CACGCACACAUCCCAUACUACAACUCUCAGGAUGCUCCGAGCAGUCGAACCACGUCCCUCACUACCUGCGCACCCUGUCGUGUGAAAGGUGGCCCUACCGUCACUUCCGCACGCUGUGCAGGCCGGGAAUGCGAGUAGCGAUUGGCCGGCGCCUGCCCUGCUUUCCACCGUGCAGGGGAGCAGGAAGCAGUAACGGCAAAGCGAGCGCGUCAGGGUGAGGGGCUCCUUACGACUAAUCCUUUUGCCAUGGAAGCUGAAGAAAUUAUGGAAUGUAUCCAGGAAUUCCCCGAACACUAUAAAGUUAUUUUGGAUAGACUCAAUGAACAACGUGAGCAGGACCAGUUUACAGAUAUCACACUGAUUGUUGAUGGUCACCAUUUCAAAGCUCAUAAGGCUGUUCUUGCUGCCUGUAGCCAGUUCUUCUACAAAUUCUUUCAAGAUUUCACUCAGGAGCCCUUGGUGGAGAUUGAAGGUGUAAGUAACAUGGCAUUUCGUCACCUAAUCGAGUUCACCUAUACAGCAAAACUAAUGGUCCAAGGUGAGGAAGAAGCAAAUGAUGUUUGGAAAGCAGCUGAAUAUCUACAGAUGUUAGAAGCUAUCAAAGCACUUGAAAUCAGGAGCAAAGAAAAUUUAUCACCCUUAGAAUCAAAUCAAAGACAAGGUAAAAAUAAAGCAAAAAAGAGGAAGAUUGCUGAAACGUCCAAUGUCAUCACAGAAACACUGCCAUCUGCAGAAUCAGAGCCUGUUGAAAUUGAGGUUGAGAUUGCUGAAAGGACGAUUGAAGUGGAAGAUGACAGCAUUGAAACACUUGAAGUAGCUUCUGCAGAGCAAUCUAUAAAAUACAUACAUACAACAGGUACAUCAGAUGAAUCUGCUUUGGCUCUUUUGGCAGAUAUCACCAGUAAGUAUCGUCAAGGAGAGACAAAAUGCCAGAUUCAAGAAGAAGGUGGUGCAACUGAUUCCUCAUGCAAACAGGUAGAAGAUAUUGAACUUGUGGAACUUCAAGUGUCACAUGUGAAGAAUUUAUUCCACUGUGAAAAAUGUAACCGUUCAUUUAAAUUGUUUUACCAUUUUAAGGAACACACGAAAACACACUCUGCUGAGAGUUACAAGUGUGAUCUAUGCAAUAAAAGCUACCUACGAGAGAGUGCUUUGAAACAACACCUCACCUGUCACCACCUUGAUGAAGGCGGUGCUAGCAAGAAGCAAAGACCUGGCAAGAAAAUACAUAUAUGCCAAUACUGUGAUAAGCAGUUUGAUCACUUUGGACAUUUUAAAGAGCACCUCCGAAAGCACACAGGUGAAAAACCAUUUGAAUGUCCAAACUGCCAUGAGCAUUUUGCUAGGAAUAGUACACUCAAAUGUCACCUGACAGCCUGUCAGUCUGGAGCUGGAGCUAAAAAGGGAAGAAAGAAGCUGUACGAAUGUCAGGUUUGUAACAGUGUGUUUAACAGCUGGGAUCAAUUUAAAAAUCAUUUGGUAAUACAUACAGGUGUCAAACCCAACCACUGUACCUUAUGUGAUUUGUGGUUUAUGCAAGGCAGUGAGCUAAGAAGGCAUCUCAAAGAUAUGCACAAUAUUUCAGAACAAAUAGUGACAGAAGAGAUUCUUCCAGUGGAAGCUAUGGAAGCUGAACCAGUAACAUCAAUGACUAUAAUAGAACAAGUGGAGCAAGUCCAUGUCCUACCAGUAAUUCAGGUUCAAGUGGAUCCGGCACAGGUAACUGUGGAACAGAUGCACCAGGAUCUCAUACAGGACAAUCAAGUGAAAGGCACACAGAUGGAGGAACUGCAAGAACAGGUACAAAUUAGUUAUUUAGAAGUUGAACACAUUCAGACUGAACAAGGUGCUGAAGUACAUGUGGAGCAAUUUCAUUUUGGGCGUGUAAAUCAAAUACAGAUGGAAGAAGUACAGGCAGAACUUAUAGAUGGAACAGACCUUGAACAAGUAAAAUAUGAAAGUGUUGAUCAAGGAGAAGCAGAAGAAAAUGAAACCAGUCAAGUAGAUGAUGCAGAUAUGGAAGAUCAUGAACAAGCUGAAGACUUAAAAACUCAACAAUUAGUGGACACACAAAAUGAAAAGGUGAAUAACUAGGACAAAUGACCACACUGUGCAGCUUUAGGAAUUAAGUACCCAAUUAUUUUUGCUAGCUUUUACAUUGGUUUUUGAACCAAUGGUCUGUGGUCACCUUUACAAUAUGCUGUCCUUAGGAAGCUGGACAAGUGGAUCAAAGUUAGUUUUCUUCAUGUAGAACUAAACCUCUCAUAUGUGAAAAAUAACUUAACCAUUCAUGUAAUGCCAUGGAACAGAAACCACCACAGCUUUGUUAGGAUUUUAACAAUGAACAGCUUGUAUCAUUUACAUCAUCCCUAGGAUGAGUAACUUUGCCUCUUCUCUUCUUGCUAUAGAAGCAAACUCUUGUUAUAGAUUUGCAGGGUGUCUGUGGCAGAAGAAUCAGUAAAAUCUGGUGGGUUCUAAUGUAAGUGGAUAAUCAGGUACCUGUGAAUUUUCUGGGCAGACUGCUUGUUUGCUGUUUCCUAACAGCAGUCCCUAACUUUCAGGCUGGGGAAAAAACAUUGUUGCUGGAGGUCUCAGAGCACAAAAAUACUGUGCCUUUUCAACAGGAGUGAAAUUUCCACAAAGCUCCUAGAGAGAGUGUUCAACCUAGUUCAAUAAAAGGCAAUGCGGAUAAUGUUAUAUAGCGCUUUAUAUUUUUGCUUAAAAUUGUCAGCUACUAAUUUAGGGUUUUUUUAAUGAAAUUUAGGAAGGGAUGAGGAAGGAAACAUUCCAUGUGGAGGCAGAAGGACACUCUAAAAGGGACACUUUAAAUUAGGAAAAGCUCAGUAGAAUCUGUGGUAAACAUGAGCUGGAAGAAAGCUACCAGCAGACACUUCGUUUAUAAAUUCUCGUUUUUGAAAAGGAAUAUUUUUAAACAUAUAGAGAAGGCUUGUCUAUAUGGUAUCAGGUUCCUAACUUCUUUUAAUGAAAUUCUGACACUUGACACAAAGACUUUGUACUAAAAGUAAAAGCCAUGGGUAUGAAUGCUAAAAUGUGAAUUGAAAAGUAGGAGUGCAAAUAUUUUAAUCAGUAUUAGGCAACAAAACAAUAGCAUCCAUGAAAUAUUGCAUUAUUUUCUUAAUCCAAUAAAUUAGGAACAACUGAGUGACUGUUAAGUACAGUGCCAGAUCCCAGUGGCAAGAAUCAAUAUAAUUUUAAUAACUUUACAGUAAUGACCUAUUAAUCUUAAGUUUGUUUAGAAAAUACUUGUCUGGCUCUAUGUUUAAGGAUGAUAAAAACUUCCAAUUCUCAAUUAUUGCCUUGAGAUUAGAAGUGCCUCCCUAUUUCUGAAAAACUUUGUUUUCAAAGCCCUAAGUGAAGGGAGGAAUUUUUGCAAGGAUGUUCCCUAAUGCUCUUGGUAUUCCUGUAGAUCUUGCAUAAAAUCAGGCUUUUCUAUUCAGUCUUCUCCAAAUGCAAAAUUAUUUCUUGAGAUUUGUGCUUUUAUUUAGUAUCAUUCAAAAUGAUUCUUGUGUUUCAUCGUAGCUAGCUUUGGAGAAACUUGCAAAACAAACAUGAAUCUCAAUUAAAAAUUCAAACAAUUUAAUUAAUGUAAUUUGCAUUCUUUUUUUGUGAUGUUUUGUGUCAUGGUGUGUUGGGAGACUGAGAGAUGACACAACAUUGAGGUUUCAUGCAGCAGAGAGCCUUUAUUGGUGUACACAGCCCUUUUUAUAGGCUAUUCAAAAGACUCCGCGUUCGACUCUGGUUACAACCCAGCUAUUGACCAAUAGCUACCUGCUUGCGUUCAUAUCAGGGACUGGCUCUCUGUGGCCAAACCCCUCCUCCUCUUAUGAAGCAUACAGUCCAUCUUAUGCCAUGAUAGUUUUGUGUGGUGUUACACUUUAGUUAAAUGGUAUGCUCGGUCUCACCCCUCGAAAAUGUAUAGUUUAUUCCAAGCCUGUGAUCCUCCCCUGAAGUAUCAUGCAUCUGUAAUCCCAUUGGCCCAAGUCUUAUUCCGCGCCCACUUUGAAUCUCCCGGUUAAACUGUGUGAGGGAGACGAAACGCUCUCUUGGCCCUUUGCUCUCUCUUAGCCCUUCUCUCCCUAGACUCUCCCCCUCCCCCUUUUCCCUCAGAAACCAUGCUGCUCCCGGGGGUGGGACCCCCAAUAAACCCUCAUCUAAUUAGCACCCUCAGAAGCCGUGUGGAGUCUCCUUGCCUGCCUGCUGCUACCAGUGAACAUACAGUUUAGGGGGCCCCUCGGGGACUCCCUCCAAACGAACUGCAACAAAUUGCUCCCAACGUGCGGCUCGAGUACCGACAACCCUAAGACGAAAAUGGACCUUCAUCGCCCCGCUAGCACAGCACAGAACCCCGUGGAGCACCGCUUCAGCGCCGCCUCCAGCAUCGCGGGGUGGCUGCGCCGGGGCCUCUGCCGCAACCUCGGGUGGCCCCGCCACCACCGCGCAGAGGCCCCGCGAGACACCGCGCCACCAUCGCAGCCAGCGCGGCUUUUCAGAUCACUGCCAGCAGCUGCCGGCUCCCCUGCGCCACGUCGUCACCACGUGGCUGCUCGGAGCCGCCGCCCCCUGCCCAGAGCCGGCAGGGGAGAGCCCCGCAGAGCGGGCGGGCCGUGCGGAUCGCCGAACCUGAGCGGCCGCUGCCCUGGACUACAGCAGCGGCGAAAGAAGAAACCAAAGCCCACCAGUUUCCGCGGGGGAGCCACCAGACGAGCAAGAAGCAGUUUUCAGCUUUGCCCGAGCCCCGCACCCCCCCCGAAAACUGAUUUCGUCAGUUUUGUGACCUCCUUCCUCGGUUUUACUCUCUCUCCCCAUCGCUGCUCUUUCUCCCUAACUCCAUCCCUAACCUGCCUUCCCCUUAACAAACCCCCAGGAGUCCACUCCGUCCUGCUAAGCCCAGCACAGCAGCCACACGGCUAAGCCUCAACAUUUUGUUGAAUUGAAAAUUCUACUUUACGAUCUCCUUCCCCUGUUACUCCAAGAGCAGGAUAAUAUCCUUCUCUGCAAUCCACACCCCUUUUUUCCUUAUUUUGGGUAGUUCACCGGGAGCAAACUGCUCGAAGGUGCAGGGUACCCCGAAAAGGUUUUUCUUUCGCAGAGUCCCUGGCUCCCUGUAACCUCCCCAGUUCCCAAUCGCUAUCUACUUGUUCUAGCUGAAAAGAGCUCGUCAGCUAGAACUUUUAUCCUAAAACCCUCUAACCUUUUUAUCAUUCUGAUCCAAUACCUGUCUUCUCUCCAUUUCCCUCCCGUUCCCAUGAAGUAGUUUUUAUAAUUAUGCUUUUCUAGUUUAAAUGUGUGUUCAUAUUGCAGAUUGUCCUGUUUUCAGUUUUAGAAAGCAGGGGCCUGUCAGGUCACAAGGGUAAAACCAACGAGAAGCAGUUUUCGAUUGUUUCUUUAAUAGCGAGUGUUCAGAUAGUAUUAGACUGCUGAAUCAUAAUCACUGUUGGGUUUAUGCUGUCCUCAGUAGGUUCUGAGGGUGACUGAUAAACUAAAAUCGUGUCUGAGAAAGUAUUUUGACGGUUUUGUGGUGAAUGCUCCCUGAGUAUAGGUAGUAGCUGAAGCUGAAUUUCUUUUUUUUCUUUUUGUUUUUCUUUUAACCACCUAAAACCAGGGGUCUGCUGGGUUAAACCGGUUGGAAGGUGAAAGCCAUGGUAAAGCUCACAUCCAAGGGUGAGAAUCUGAGGCCUCAAACCUGCCUGGAGUCCAGGGGGCUCCAGAUGAUUCCCUGUCCCUGAGAGGGGGAGCAGAAGUCGGCACCUCAGCCUAAAACUGGGGGCUGCGGUGGUCCGAAAAGCCAUUUGGAAAAAGUUAGACAUCAUUGGGCCAGUCAUGCUGAAAAGGCCAAUCCCAAAACUCUCAUAUGAACUUGGUGCCAAAGGCCAAAGCCCUUUAAGCACUCGCCCAUGCUUUAAAUUAGUUAAAAUCUGCAAUAUGGACCCACAUAACCCGUUUAUUAAUAUUAAAUGCUCCUUUUAUCUUUAAUACCUACCACCAAAGGCAAACAUCAAGGUCAAAUUGACUGUUUAAAACAUAAUCCUCACUGCAAUUGUAUUUAUUUUUGUGCUGUGAAACUAUGUAAUUACUGCUUCAUUUUUUUAAUUGUUAAUUGUCAUAUUUAUCUUUUCUUUCUAACGAAAAAAGGGUGAAUUGUGGUGUUACAUUUUAGUUAAAUGGUAUGCUCUGUCUCACCCCUCGAAAAUGUACAGUUUAUUCCAACCCUGUGAUCCUCCCCUGAAGUAUCGUGCAUCUGUAAUCCCAUUGGUCCAAGUCUUAUUCUGCGCCCACUUUGAAUCUCCCUGUUAAGCUGUGCGAGGGAGACGAAACGCUCUCUUGGCCCUUUGCUCUCUCUUAGCCCUUCUCUCCCUAGGCACUCCCCCUUCCCCCCCUUCUCCCUCAGAAACCAUGCUGCUCCCGGGGGUGGGACCCCCAAUAAACCCUCAUCUAAUUAGCACCCUCAGAAGCCGUGUGGAGUCUCCUUGCCUGCCUGCUGCUACCAGUGAACAUACAGCUUAUGGGGCCCCCUGGGGACUCCCCGGGGAGCCUUCCCCCAAACUAACGGCAACAGUUUUUUAUGUUCUGAGAUGCAAAUAAUAUGGGAUGAGAUUAUGUGCAGAGAAAAGAAUGUGGCCUGAUGUUAAUCAUGAAAGUAAAAGAUAGCUAUUGGAUUUAUACCUGGCUUCUGAUAAGAAGCCUGUCUUUUGAUAACAUGGAGGGGGUAUAAUAUGCUUAGCUGCAUAACUCUAAAUUUUUAGGCAUUUAUGCAUAUAGACACCAGAUCUGUAUGAGUGGAAUUAAAGGAACAAUCUGGUUGUGUCUAAUUAAUAAAACUAACUUAGGCAAUUUAAGUCCAACGUAAAUUGAGCAGUUAGGUGAUAUUGAUCGCAGGGCAAUAAUUUGGUUAGCACAGUUGGGCUAUUUUUUUAUUCUGUUUGAUCUCUCCUUUUUAAGAACAGCUUGCAAAUUUGGUAGGAGAGAAAUGAUGCUUUGUUGUUGUGCCCAGUGCUGCCUCUAUACAGACAUCUGUUGAGCCUGGGUGGGAAUUCAGUGGGGGCAUGACCAAACCUCUCCUCACUGAGGGACAAGGGUGAAAGGCUCUUCUCAAGUAAUAACUCCACUGGAAAGUGCUUCCCUUUGCAACCCCCUCUUCCCUAGAAUUUUUUUCUGAAAUUGCUUCUACCACUGGAGUCCCCCAUGCCUCCCUACUGCAGCUGCAGGAGGGAUGAUUGACUUGGAGAGUCAAGUUCUGGUUGCCCUCUGUAACAGCCACCUUGUCAUCCUCUUUCUGCCACAAAUGUCUCUAUAGACCUACAGACCUCUCCAAACUAUAUACCUAUGCACCACUGGAGGAGUUCUUUCCUUUAAAUAAGUAUAUACUGCUGGUUCCCAGAGUGCCCUGUGUUAUGCAGGUACUGGUCUGUAGCUUGCAAUGAGACAGCAUGCAGCUGCACUUUUUGCCUGGUGCCUGCAGUGGGCUGUGUCACAUGAAGUGAAUGCUUGAAUUUAUGCUGAAUGAAACUAAUUGGCCUAAAGCACUGGGGUCUAGGCAGUGAGAAAUGGAAAAGGUGGAAUGAACAAAAACCUGUGAGGUGUGUCUGGACACAAAAUAAAAAGUGAACAUGAAAUUGAGACUUGUGGAUUUAUAUACAAUAUUCAUGAGAGGCCACUCUAGCAGGCACGGGGCCUGCAAUGCCUCCAUGGCAUUCAGCAGCCUAAGAUAGGAAAUGCCUAGACCUAAGAAGCCCCUCUUCUGCCUUCGGACCCUUGCUUAUCUCUCUGUAAGGCUAUAGGUCACUUUCGCCUCGACCCUUACUAUUGGACAAUUUCUAAAACUCUCGUAUACUAUAAAAACCCCUACUUUUUCCCAGUUUGACAGAAGAGCUGUCCCUGAGAACCUUUGCAGAAGACUUCAGUAAAGACAUCUCUGUGGAACCUUACACAGCCUUCUCCUCUCUCUUCCUGCGUCUGCCUAAGGCACUUAGCAAGCUAAAGAGCUGAAAUCACAAAUGAGCUGAUAAUCACUAAAGAGCCGAUCUCACUUAAGAGCUGAGCUUGCUAAGGCAGGCUGCAGCUGGGAGCUGCCUGGGAGCCCAGGCAGGCUGUGCUGAACAGGACUGUGCUAUCCAGACCUGCGACAGCCAGCCAGGGAUACCCCAAAACCUGGCCGAGGCGUGCAUUAGGCCACAGGCUACUUCUGAAAGAAGGGCAGGGAGAGGAAAGGGUGCUGAUCAAUAGUUUGAGAUCUGCUAAGUUAUUCAUACAAUAUAAGAAAGGAUUAGCUGCUUUUUUUGAAAACAGUUGCAAAAGCAUGUUUCAUCUGCAGGCUUAUGAGGAUGGAAUUGGAUGUCUGUCCUGUGCGAGAUGAUCACUAGAGGAGGAUCAUGCAGCUUCUGCUGUUUCAUGCUUGCAGUGGAAUUUUUAAUUAGCUAAUGGUGCAGAAAAUGGUAGUCUCUUACACAAAUUCUGUAACUCAGUAUUAUUUUGAAUGAGGAAACAUUUAAAUAGAUGUUUAAUUUGGUUGCUUACUUUUAAGGACCGAAGUAUGUGUUCUAUAGGGAC